GGGGCCGGCGCCGCCGAGGCGUGAUCGCCCGAGGCCCCUCCUGCCUGCCGGGAAAGCCUUAAAACAGCCCGGCGAGGCACCGAGCCCGCACUCGCCAGCCGCGACCCCGACGGCAGAGCGCGUCGCCGAGCCCAGAGCCGCCCCGCUGCAGCCGCCAUGCAGGGCACCAGGAGGUUGUGGCUGUCGGUGCUGACUUUCGCGCUGUCGCUGCUGGUGUGCCUGGGGACGCUGGCAGAGGCGUACCCCUCCAAACCGGACAGCCCCGGCGAGGACGCCCCCGCAGAGGACAUGGCCAGAUACUACUCGGCGCUGCGGCACUACAUCAACCUCAUCACGAGGCAGAGAUAUGGAAAGAGAUCAAGCCCAGAGACACUGAUCUCAGACCUCUUGUUGAGAGAAAGCACAGAAAAUAUUCCCAGAUCUAGGUUUGAAGACCCCUCGAUGUGGUGAUGGGAUUUGCAGCACUCCAUCAAACUUUUCCUAGUUUUCAAUUCAUACUCCACUCCUCUAAGGCGAAUCAGAGUACAUCAUUCCCAGUGCAUGCAGCCAUUGUACUGAAUUCUGUAGAGUUUUUCCUUCAUCAUAUUUGUAUAUACCUUUAUUUAAAUAAAUUAUUUGUGCAUUCCAAAAUAUACCAUACUAAAUGAAAACACAUACCCUGUUAUUGGUAUAGCAAAGAGUUGUUUUAAACUAUUAAAACUGAAUUAUAACCUUCCUGCAGUCUAAAGUAGUAUGGACAACAGUCAUGCCAUAGCUGUUACAGUAAUUAGGAUGCAAAAUGAGAUAAUGAUGUCAUUCGCUGCAGCCUCAAACUCAGCUCAGCUGGUUUGAUUUACACAAAAUUGUUUAAAAUAAUUUAUAAUGCACUACAGAGUUUAGGAAAAGAGUGUUCUGAGAGGAGCUUUUUCAAAAUCACCGUAUGAAAAACCCAUUUACUGCUUACAUAGACAAAUGCAUUACAAUUGAUAACAUUUGCAAAAUACAAAGUAAUUAAGUAAUCCCUUAAUUCUGCUAAUUCCUUGAAACUGAUUUGAAGCUUCGAUGUAAGCUUGCUUAGGGGUUUUAGUUGAGACAAAUGUACUGUCUUUGUUUUGGCAAUAUGCAAAGCAGCAGAAAAUAAUAUCUAAGUGAGCUCACAAAGCAGGACAAUUCUACAGGUGUCCGUGCUGGGAAGGAAAUGUCUAAUAUUGCCUAAGUGCUUAUAAAGGAGCACAGUGCUAACGACAGGAACACACGGAUUAAGCACAAAACUGUGGGUACCUGCGCUCUGAGUACUCAGAGCUCCUCUCCUCCAGAGUCAUUCAUGGUUUCCUGUUUCCACCACGGGAAGGUACCUGGAGCAGGAACUGCCUUCAGGUUUUCAUUUUCUAUUGCUUUUUAUUUUUUUUAAGAAUUUAAUCACUAGCUUAGCGAGGGAGUUACUUAGACAUAGUGACCUCAGAGGAAACCCUCAACUUUUUUAGUUAAUGUUAACAAAAUGUAAUGGUAGCAUAUGUUGCCUUUAUUUUUUAAUGGUUUUAAUUCUCAGAUACUCAGCUUUCAGUAUGGUCAGGACCUACACUGGGCCUGUUACACAGCAUGGCACAAAUUCUGGUCCUUGGUUCCUAAUGUUUAAGUGUGAUUUCUUUUAUUUAGACAUCAGGAACAUGAUUGGCCAUUGAGUAGCGAAGCAUAUAAAAGGUUGUAAGUCAGAAAAUGUGAUGGUUUAAUGCAUUUACAUCUCAUUCCUGCUUUUCAAAUAUGUUCACAUGGAUGUUGCCCACCAGAGAAAGGCAUCAUUGCAAGUAAGUUCUAGAUCUCUACAAAUGCACUUUUGGUGUGUUUGUGGUGUUAAAAGUUUUCAGGUUCCCAAGAUUUGUUAGCCAAAAUAUUUUUCCUUCUAAUAAAACACCUGGGUUUCAUUUGAAUGGACAAAUUUUUGCUUUCAGCAGUGCUGUUUUCUCUAGAGGGUUUGAUAAUGGUUCCACAGUACAAUAAAUGAAAUUGUGAGGAUUAAGAGCAGUGCAGUAGUAUACGAAUGUUUUGAGCCCCCGGGUAUAAACCAUUAUCACACGAGGCAGCAAAUGACACCGUUCAGUGGGGCUCCAAGACAGCCAUGGCUUUCUGAGGCUGGCGGGAGUCCAUCAGCCACAGGCCAGGAGCUGCUGGCUUCGAGUCCAUGUUAAGUUCUGCUUGGAAUAUUUUUUAAUAAGAAAAUUGGAGAUUAGUGAGUUAUAUGCUGUAUAAGAGCUCUAAUUCCUAGUAAUUCCUGAUAACUAAUUUAUAUAUAGGCAUAUUAACGACUGUGUAAGUUAUAAAAUCAAGAGUGUAGGUAGAUGAUAAACUAAACUCAUGUUGCUUAUCACUGUCAUUUGAAAUUUGCCUUAGUGGAGGAAGAAAGAGUUAAGGCAGAAUUAGUGUAUACUAAUUGCUCGUGCUGUGCAGUUCCACUCAAUUACUUGAAUUUUCUUGAACUUAAAGAAAAAGAGGAGCUAAAAGAAAAUAGAAAUAGAAAAGCUAAAAAAAAUCUAUAAGAUUAUUAUUAGGUUGAUUACCUAAUGAAGUACGAGUGGCAGAGGCAAGGCAAAGCAGUCACACAGCAUAUAUCUAUCCAUACAGAGCUGUGAUUUUCUUGUGAAACACUUCCUGUGUUCUUGGUGGCAGACCGCAGUCUUGCAGUAGAAGUACAAUGUGCUUAUGACUUACUUUCCUCAUGUACUUCAUAUGCCACUCCUGACAUGCCACACUGUUCAAAAUACUGGAUUGGCUCCUAAAUCACAAGAUAGGCUUAAAAAUAAUGAGCUGUCAAAUGUAAAUAAAUGCUUGACUUGUUUGACUUGA